ACAAAGCCCAAAAUGUUAUCUAAAAUGGAUAUUAUUACAAAAGCUGCAUUGCUUCGAAGGAAAAACAGAUAAACCCACUCAUCAAUGGAGAUAGUGACAGCAACCGUAGCACCACCACUCCGACCACCAUCACCCUCACCACGACCACCCACAAUUUACUCAACUCUCCGAUUACCCAGUUGUUUACUUCAUAUCCGCGCCCAGUCUUCACACUCCUUUUCUACUCUUAUCAAACACAAGUCUCAAUUUUAUAGACCUUCACUUUCUACUACUUGCUCACUUUCCGAUGAAACUACUACUUCAACUACAGAGGUUACUGUUCUUGACUCGUCUCUUGCAUUAAAGAAAAGAGCAGCUGAUAUAUCCCCAGAACUAAAAGGGACUUCAAUAUUUCUUGUGGGAAUGAGAAGUUCCAUGAAAACAAGUUUGGGCAAACUUCUAGCAGAUAGCUUACGAUAUUAUUAUUUUGACAGUGAUAGUUUGGUAGAGGAAGUAGCCAGCGGUGCAUCCGCUGCCAAAUCUUUUAAGGAGACUGAUGAGAAGGGAUUUCGUGAGUCUGAGACAGAAGUAUUGAAGCAAUUGUCAUCAAUGGGUCGGCUGGUGGUAUGUGCAGGAGAUGGUGCCGUUCAGAGUUCUACUAACCUGGCACUCCUGAGACAUGGAAUCUCACUAUGGAUUGAUGUGCCCUUGGACAUGGUUGCCCAGGCCAUGAGUGAAGAGAGUGAUCAACUUUCUGGAGCUGAUUCAGAGGAAUUAACUGAGCUAAUUGCUACAUUCGAAGCAAUGAGAGGAGGUUAUGCUACUGCUGAUGCUACAAUUUCGCUGCAAAAAGUAGCUGUUAAUUUAGGUUAUGACGCACUGGAUUCAGUAACCGCAGAGGAUAUGACAUUGGAGGUUCUCAAGGAGAUAGAGAAACUGACAAGACUAAAGAAGAUGUUGGAAGAAGCUGCGAGACCCUUUUAGAAAACCAUUUCUAUAUUGCAACAAAUCUUCAGAUGUCAACUGUCUCCAAGUCCCAGACUUUUCUGGAAGUGUUGUUCAUGAGCUGAGCUUACGCCCAUCUUAGGGUAAUGAUUCUGUUUCCCCGGAAACACAUACCAUAAAACAUAUACUGUAAUCGUCAUGCAAUCUAAAAGAGAAAGCUAACCCUCUUGAUCAUCA